ACGACAGCUGGUCUGACUGCAGGUCUGGAGCGGAUCCCAGAUCAGCUCGGGUACCUGGUGAUCAGUGAGGACGGGGUUCUGGCCUCAGCAGGUGAGCUGGAGAACGAUGAGCACACAGCAGCGGUGAUGAUGCAGAUGGUUCGAACAGCGAGUCGAUUUAAGUUACCUGGAUCACCUGAGCCGCCCUUCAAACGCAUGUCAGUGACUCUGGAGGACUUUGUUUACAUGGUGACGGUUUCCGGUCAGAAGGUUUUUGUGGUCAAACGUCAGAACAACCAGCAGGAACCAAUCAACGCUUAGAGAGCGACACACAGGAAGUGAGGUCAUCGGUUGGUCUGCAGCUGGAAGUCAUUAGAGUCUAACUCUGUUAAACUCUUCAUAAGGCUUUGUGUAUUUAACUGAAUAAUUUAAACUGAGAUUAAUAAAGAUUAACAUGUUGUGACUGUUGAGAUAUUUGACCAAAAUGUAUCUGAAAACAAUUGAAUUUCUUUGCUUUUAUUCUAAA